UUGGUGUGGAGGGCUGGGGAGCUGCAUCUCGGAGAUCCAACCUCUGCAGCAGGCUGGGGGUGGAAGGAGGAGCCAGCGGAAGCUGCGCCUAAACUAAGAGGCCUGACGGACCCCGCAGAGGCCCCCUGCCCCGCUGACUCCGCCCCCCGCCACCCCCACCUCGGGUGGUAGAAAUACAGCCGCAGCCGCGGCUACCGCCUACAGCGCUCGGACCGACCGGCCUGGACUUGACUCAGACCCAACUGACCGACCUGCCCGUGUUCUACGCCAAUGGCUGAGGGGUCUUUUCAGCGCAAACCGUGGGAUCCCGAGCAGAUUCGCCCGGACCCCGACCCCGAGUCCGAAGGCCUGUUUGACAGACCUCCCCCGGAAGAGCCCCCCGCCACCCGCGCGCCCAAGUCGGCGUCCGCGGGCAGGAAGGCCGGUCGGCGCGCGGGCGGGAGGGCGCAGGGUGCCCGCGCCUGGCAGACCCCGAAGGCCGCCGCGCGCCCCCUGCCCAGGGAGGAGGAGCCUCCGCUGGACGAGGGCUGCUAUCUCGACCAUUUUCCGCACCUCUCCAUCUUCAUCUACGCGGCCAUCGCCUUCUCCCUCACCUCCUGCAUCUUCACCUAUAUCCACUUGCAGCUUGCCUGAGUGGUUAGGGCGGACGGGGUGGGCGCAGGGCCGAGCGGGAAGGAAGGAAAAUAAAGGGCUCAGUGUUUUGUGUUUUGGAGGAGCGCUGCACCCCGUUCAUCUAGCUUUCAGUGCUUGUGUCUUUCCUUCCCUGUUGUCGCUGCCUCUUAUAUUCUACUGUCGCCUCGGUUGUCACUCUAUUUGUCCAAUUGUUUAUCAGUAGGAAGGUCCAAACUAGCUGCCGGCAAUGAAAUAAGGGUGCUAUUUGUACCUGCAGUUGGGGUCUGGGGCACUGUCAGCCCCCAACGUUUAGAAUUCCCAGGUGCCAUUGAACGUCGUUUAUAAUUAGGAUAAUGUCCGUGGACAUUACUAUUUUGUAACGUGGGGGCACUGGCAAGAAGCCCAUGGUUUUGUGUUUGGGGGUCACAGAGCACGCCCAACCUUCUAUUCUGUAAGUGAUGAGCCAGACCUGGGCCGGUGGCCCUCCAGAGGGGGCCCAGUGGGGAGGGUUGGCGGCCAGGCCUGAGCUGAGUCGGAGGCCAGUGAUGCUGCGUCGCUCCCAGGAAGAGCCGGCUGUGUCCCAGCGUUGGCGCUGGUCAAAGGAUGAGGACCGAGCGCGCAGCUCCAGCACACAACUUUGCUGCAGCUUCUGAGCAGAGCCGAGAUCCAUAGCCGGAGGAGCGGGACGUCGUGGGAGCUGUGGCUGCAGACCCUCCUGGAUGCAAGUCCGGGGCUCGCCAGCUCCGCAGGAUGAGACUCUGGGGACCCUGGCUGGAGUCCGCGAGACGGCUGUCCUUGGGGACUCUGGGAAGGCUUCAUUUUGGCACGGGGCUUUUCUGGGACUGUGGGACCCAAGACUAAGGGGCUGAGGGAUUUGUCAUUGACUAGAGUUAGUGCUGGAAAGCCACCUGACCCCAGGGGGUUUGUCAUCUCAGACUCUAUACCAGAAAUCCACCCUGGCAGGUCAUUCGCUCACCUGCCAUUUCUGUUUACUCAUGAAUGUUAAGUGUCAAAACGCAGCGCUGUCACACCGCAUAUUCUUUACUUGGAAAUGUCUGUACUUGUGGUGCCUGUGAUGGAAUAAAUCACCUUGUUUUCAGUC